AUGUUUGGAAAGGCUUUAGGAAUCGUCAUCUUUCUGACAGUAGGCUACUGUCAAGAACACAAUCACCACGGCUACACUCUACAGACCUUGGUAAAACACGACGUCCCGCAAAAGAUCAAAACCCACCACGCGAUCCCCGUCAAAACCGCCCAUGUUGCGCCUGUCUAUGAAACAAAUGAAGCCCACGCCGCAUCCGCUCACGAGAACCACUCAGGGCAUUCCCACGGGCACGCUGUGUCUUCCCAAAGUAUCGUCCGUCACGAUACCCAUCAUGAGCAAACUCACCAUGAGCAACCACACGAACAGCCUCACUACUUUGUACCGGUACACCAUCACGCACCUAUAGUCCAUGAAGCUGUGAUCGCUGCUCCAAUACACCACGCCCCAGUUCAUCACGUACCGGUACACCAUAUUCAACAAAUCGCCCACCAUGAUGAAUCUCACCACGACGAAUCUCACCAUGAAGAUCAUUACGCAUACCCCAAAUAUGCUUUCGAAUACAAAAUUGAAGAUCCCCACACCGGUGACAAUAAGUACCAGCACGAGAUCCGCGAUGGUGAUAUAGUGAAAGGAGAGUACAGUCUUCAUGAGGCUGACGGCUCCAUUCGUACCGUUAAAUACACAGCCGACAAAAAAUCAGGAUUCAACGCUGAAGUUAUCAACUCCGGACUCUCAAAGCACGAGGAGCCAAUUCACCAGCACAGUCACCACCAUUAA